AUGUUCCCCGAUGAGCUCAAGGGACUGACGCCGGUCGAAGAAGCUCAUCUCGCUGAACUCAUGUUACGGGGCCACAUCACGGUGUUUCCGAACAAUGUGCAGGAGCUGGCCACAAAGUGCUCCCGCACCCCUUUGCAAGCACUGGACGAGAUCCACAUCUCGUGGCAGGGCGCGGAGAAGCCGGCACCGAGCGACCUGUCGAGUCUCUUGUCGGUGAGGCGGCGGGUGGUCGAGAGGGCCCUUGUCUGGCUGAAGCGGAACAACCCCCACUACGCCGAGAUCGAGAUCGACGCGGCGGAGAUGGAGAGCUGGGGAGACUCGAUACACGGGUACCGUCGUCGGUGUGCGAUCGUAUGGAGCGGAACGAGCCGUCUGGGUGGGAGAAGCGCGGACGGCGCACGUUGUGCCGCCCACGGAACGCGCCAUGGACGAGGAGGGCCGGUGGAGAUCGAGGAGCUCUUCGCCCUGCUCAACCAAGGACAAGAAGCCGGCGGCCAGGGUGAAGGUCACGGGCCCAACGGAGAAGGCGCGGUUCGCGAUGGAAGUGACGCCUGCCCCGACCAGAACGUUCCAGCGAUCAACGAGGUGACGUCUUCUGGCAUGUUCGCGCUCGACGGACCGCCAGACGUCGCGGACGUGGAGAAGCUGCAGUUUGCCUGUGACGCUGUUGGUGAAGGUGCCGACGACGGCCGUGCGGGCCAGGCGUGGGUCGGGUCCCUAGCCGGGGUUCGGGGCGUGGCGACGGUGGUUGUGAGCCAUACAUCCGGGUUUCGCGGGGGUGAGUUUACCGAUUCCUUUGAGGCGUCCUUCUUUGCCAGGACGUUCCCGACCCUGUUCCCAUUUGGCGUUGGGGACCAAGAAAGGCUAGCGGCGGCGAGGGUCGAGUUGGAGAGCUCGGAGGUCCGUCUCAAUAUGCGGCGGAAAAUCCAGUCGCUCAUCGUCGGAUAUGGCGUGCCGGCCAUCUGGUUCACCAUCAACCCGAACGACAUUACGAACCCGGUGAAGCUGCGACUGGCGGCAUACCGCACACGCGAUCCCGACGCGGCCGAGGAGUUCUUAGAAGGCCUUGGGGAUGCGUAUAAGCGGGCACGGCUGGCGAUAUCGGAUCCCAUGAGCUCGGCCGUGUUCUUCCACCGCGAGAUGAAGCUGUUCUUCGAUCAUUACGUGAAGCGUCUUCUCAGAGGAUCUGGACCAGGAAAGUUUUGCGCCGUGCAAGCGGAGCGAUCUGUGACGGGCGGUAUUGGUUCCCUGCUGGACAACGCCGCGCAGUUCUCGGCCGCGUUUAUCGAGGAGGCCAACUUCUGUGCCGGCGCGACGCAGGUGCACACGCAUAGCCCGACCUGUGUGAAGUAUUCCUUGGGCAAGGAGGGCGGAAGGGGACCUCUGCCGGUUCAAGGCGCCAUGGAGAUCCGGAGGACACACAGCAUGGUCAAUCGAUGGAACGAGGCUAUUGCUGUCGGGCUCCGGCACAACCAUGAUAUUUCCUUCAUUGCGACGCAGCGCAAGACAAUGGCCCUCAUCUAUUAUGUCACGAACUACGCGACCAAGGUGGAGGACCCGGUGUGGAAGCGUGUGGCGGCCGCGGCCGAGCUCCUGGCCGCCUCAACAGGGAACAGGACGCGACAGUUCCUGAUGAGAGUGGCGAACCGCGUGUUCACGGAGCGUCCGCUAUCACAGGUCGAGGUCGUCGCUCACCUUCUCGGAUAUCCGGCCGAGUUCACCGACAGCAGCGCGUGGGCGUACCUGAACUGUUCUCUGCUGUACUGGGAAGUCUUUCGGCGAUGGCGGCAUCUCCGAGAAGCCAGUGGCGCUGCGGCUAUGGAUGACACCUUGGAUGAGUCGGUGCUCAGGCGGCCGGGCAAGCACGCUACCGUCUGCCUCGACGGCUACCUGAGCAAGGACUUCACCUACGAUGACGAGUCGUGCUACCGGAGGGCAGCCGUGCAGCAUCUUGCGCUGUUCGUGCCGUGGGAGUCCUUCCUCGGCGAAGGAACAGGUGAGAUCAACAGCAUCUGGGCGCGGGCUCGAGACGCUAUGGCCCCGAGAAUAUCAUGUCUCGUCGACAACGUGCAGCUGCUUCGACGAUCCGCCGAAGACGCAAAACGCGACGCCAAGCAAUGGGCAGCCUCGUCCGGCGAUGGCGACCCGACGGUCGCACACGUCGAGGAGGGUGGAGCAGGCGAGGCGGGCGCGGAGUCUGCAGCGACAUAUCAGCCCAACAGCAUCGGAGACGCAACGCGGCUCAUCGACGUCGUCCGAGGUGCAGUGGGAGCGAAUCAGGUGACGGCCAAGUCGCCGGAGCUCAUGGCAAUGAUACAGCAGCUCUGUCGGUUUCAGCAAUCGGCGCUGCGCUCGACGGCCGAGCUCGAGGCCACGGCGCUGAUCGAACGAGGAGAGGCGGUUAAGCAUGCCAGGGCGGGUAUUUUCCGGGCCGCACUACCGCCGCAGGAUCAGGUCAAGGCUAUCAAGUCGCAGCAGCGAUCGCCGCGCAGCGUUGCGAAGGGUGAUGACCGGUUUCGGGAGGACGAGGUCGAAAUGACGAUGGCCGACUCCGACGAGACCGCUAUCGACGCAGGGGCGGGAAUGGACGUUCAGUUUGGCCCAUCAACCUCCUUCCUCGCGGCGGGCAAGGUGUUGGCAACACGGCUGACGCUGAACAAGAGGCAGUCCAUCGCUUUUCUGAUAAUAUGCCGCCAGCUCGAUUUGAUGCAGCAGACCGACGGGGCGAUGCCUGCCAGCUGCGCCAGUUCGUCGGCGGAGCGGUUCAUCCACGGCCAGUCUCGAAUGGAUUGGCAGGAGAAGGAUGUGCUCGUCAUCGACGAGGUGAGCAUGCUCGGGGCGCGGACGCUGCACGCCGUGAACGAGCGGCUUCGCCGGCUUCGCGGAUCGCGGCAAGAUUUCGGGGGGAUCCCCAUCGUCCUCUUCUGCGGAGAUUUUCAGCAGUUCCGGCCGGUCCAAGAGAGGUCGAUCGUCCUGCCUAGCGCGGCCAUCUCGUGGGACGUAGACAACUCGUUCAAGGCCGAGCAGCGUCACCAGCACGACAAAGCGCACGCACUGUGGAAGAGGUUCACGACGGUCGUCAUGCUGGACGAGCAGAUGCGCGCCGCCGGCGACCCGGAGCUGCAGAGGCUGCUGAAGCGGAUCCGUCUAGGCGUGCAGGAUCGGACGGAUCUAAACCUCCUCAACUCAAGGAAUCGGUGGAACCUGAACAUGGAGGCGAGCCUGGCGUUCCGGGUCCAGCAGCGGUCGACGAUGCGCAUUUUCAUCUCCGAGCACAAGUGGAAGGAGGAGCUGCCGACGGAGGAAGAGGCGAUCAUGAUACUCAACCAGGGCGACGAUAGCGCGAUCCCGGUGCCGGCCGUCUUCAUGUUCGUGGCCGGGAUGCCCAUCGUGGUGAACCACAACACCCACCAGGGGCUGAAGCUAGUGAACGGCGCGAGCUACUCGGCGGUGGAGGUCAUUGUCGACAAGGCGUACCCGGGCAUCGGAUCUCGGCCGAUAUGA